AUGAAGUAUGUUAGGUUGAAUAAUUCAUCUAUUUCUCCAACAGAGAUUGGAUUGUUCAGAUAAUGUAAAAGAUUCUAACCCAAAGUAAGCUCACUUUAACCAAAUGAAGAGGAUGCAAUGAUGUAUUCUAAGCUUUGAAAAUUUGAAUUAAUUAGAGAUAAAGCAUUAAAGUAUUGUUUUGCUUGCCAUUGUAAAAUUUAUUCUUCACAAAGUAAACAUGGACUUCAAAAUUUCUAAACUUCUCUGGAUAAAUAGAGGAUUAUUUGAGGUUGGCAAAUAGUUGGAAAAUGAAUGAGAGAAGUCCUGAGAAAUUUUAAAGGGCUAAAGGAGAUGAUGGAUUGAUACAUUUCAGUAACUAAGAUGAAUAAAAAAAUAUUUGA